GUGUGUGUGUGUGUGUGAAGGAGGGGAGGGGGUGGAUGGAAUGUUGAUUCUUAUACUUUUAAAUGUAAGGAGUCUUUUUGUGUACUAUUGAGGAGUCGAUAAUUUAGUUGUAAAAGAACGAGUUUUCUUUUCUCUACGUGUCUAGUGAGCUGAAUUAAACGCCGUGUUAUUAUUAACUGCCAAAGCGAAUCCACAGAAAGAAGUUGGUACGUUUUUGGUUUUGUUCUUGUAUUGGUUUUUUUUUCAAAACUUGGGGCCCGUUUCAUAAUUAUUUUACUGCAUGAGCUGGCUCUCGCAGGUGUUGGUUUUAUAUCUCUGCUACUCGUUGACCAGUCGGCAUCCAAGAAGGAAUUUUUAGAUCUACUGCUUAUUGGUUUCUCUGAAAAGUUUCCAUCAAGGUGACAUGAUGUGUUUUGUCGCGUUUUCGGUUGGUGGAACGGGCGCUCUAUGUGAUACAAUGAGGGUAUAUUUCCAGUUGUGACCUUUGGAUUCUUAAUAAGCGUCUGUGGUGCAGCGGUUACAGUGGUUAGGUGCUUUUCUUUUUUCCCACGCAGGAGACCAGAGUUUUAUUCCCAAGGGGGGAGAAAUUUGUAUCCAGUAUCUUGGUCGUUCUGCUGGGAUGUUGUACCUCUUUCAGCCCGGGUUUUUGCUGACGGGCAGUCUCGGAAGCUUGCCUCCUAAAUAAUCUACAUGUAUAUUGUGUAUAUGGGGGCGUAAAAACACUUGCAUAAAAAAGUAAAAUGUAUCUUUGGAAAAAAAACCCAAAACCCGCAAGUGCUUUUUUUGCCUUAGGUGUCGAAUCCUGAGGCGAGCCAUCUGCGUCCAGUCCACCGUCUGUCCAGCUGUGCUUGUUUCAGAGAGGGAUAGUGGAGCUCGGUUUAUUUAAGCAUCUUAAUCUUUCUGAGCGAAUCCAGACUGGCACAAGCUAAUUACUGCUCGAGAGUCACAAGCGUGAAAUUAUGUAGCCAGUCACGGCACGGCGUAGACGCUCUGCGCUCCCAGACUGUGCCAAAAAAGCUGUAGUGUGGCCGAUCGUGUGUUAUUGCAUGUGUUGUCACGGCUCAAUGAUCUUCAUUUCGAGUGGUGGUCGUUCCUUACACUUACUUACCGUGUGUCUUUGGGAAGUACUUGGUUCUGGCAGCGUCUGACCAUUGAUAUUUUUACAUUUUCCAAAAUGACCGACUCUCAGAUUUCCUUUGGGAACACCUGUGUAUUGUCUCAGUGUUUGCACGUGCGGCCAGUUGCCCUGACCGAGUGAGUGGUCGUGUGACCAGAGCACUGUAGGCCUACUAUUAUUGUCGACCUAAUUCCGGAGUGGUUGUGCACCCCUCGAGAGAGAUCUGUACUAUAUCACCGAGCAAAUGUAUCGAGGCGGAGUAUCUCGGGCGUUUCUCUACAACAGGCAGGAGCGAUUCGUGAUACCUUCUGUGCCCUUUUGGCAAGCAGCAGCCAUGGGUCAGACACUGUCUGAGCCAGUGACGACCAAGUUCUCUUCCAAGCAUGAGAAUAGCUUUGUCAAGGUGGGAUCCUCCUGCAUGCAGGGAUGGAGAAUCAAUAUGGAAGAUGCACACAGUCAUCUACUGAGCCUGCCCGAUGACAAGGAGGCCUGUUUCUUUGGAGUAUUUGACGGGCAUGGAGGUGUGAAGGUAGCACAGUAUGCAGGCAGUAAUUUACACAAGAAGAUUGUGUCCCAAUCGGCAUACAAAAAGGGCAAUGUAUCUGAUGCGAUCAGGCACGGUUUUCUCUCCCUUGAUGCGGAAAUGCUGAAAGAUGAUGCUAUGAAGGAUGAGUUGGCGGGUACAACUGCUGUGGUGGUCCUUGUAAAAAAUGGCAAGAUCUUUUGUGGCAAUGUGGGUGACUCGCGUGCUGUAGCCAGUGUACACGGUGAGGUGGAGCAGCUGUCUUUUGACCACAAGCCCAGUAAUGAGAAUGAAACGCGAAGGAUCAUUGCGGCUGGUGGCUGGGUGGAGUUCAACAGAGUCAAUGGAAAUCUUGCUUUGUCUCGAGCGCUUGGUGAUUUUGUUUUCAAAAAGAAUGACAAAAAGCGACCAGAGGAGCAAAUAGUCACAGCAAACCCAGAUGUUAUAGAGAAGCCCGUCACACCGGAGCAUGAGUUCCUGCUGUUGGCCUGCGACGGCAUUUGGGAUGUGCUCACUAACCAGGAAGUUGUCGACUUUGUUCGGAACCGCAUUGCUCAGCGCAUGGAACCUGACACAAUCUGUGAAGAGCUGAUGACUCGAUGCCUGGCUCCAGACUGUCAGGCCGGGGGCCUGGGCUGCGACAACAUGACGGUGGUGCUGGUCUGUUUCCUCCACGGGGGCAGCUACGAGGACCUGGUGCGCAAAUGCUCCCGACCCAGCCGCGCCGGCCCCGCCCCGCACUUGAGGGACUUCCACGCUGGCUUUGAGUUCAAGUAGCUGCUGCUGUCGUGCUGGGGGGAAAGGAGGGGUGAG